AUGGCCAUUCUCAGAGUUUACUCUUUCAAUUUUGUUUUCAAUGUUCGUAUUUAUGCUGCUUUAUACUGUAUUAACGAGCAGCAGAGUAUUAAGAGGGAUGUUGCUAGUGUUAAGACUAUGAAAUGUUUCAGUAAGUAUUCAGUUUCUACAUUGUCAUCUAGUUACGCGUUGUGCCUUGAUCAACCUUGUAAGCUGCAUGAUUUCACCUUUCAGAAAGCUUCGCAAAAUCAGAGUAUAAGCUGUAUAUGUCAAAUGUUCCUGCAUUUUUUUGCUGAUUCGUCAACUAGACCUGCUUUAAUCAGUGUGCAGGAUGUCUCCAGGGAAGGUGGUGGAGGCUGGGUUACUGGUGGUGGUGGUGGAGGCUGGGUUACUGGUGCAGGUGGUGGUGGAGGCUGGGUUACUGGUGCAGGUGGUGGCGGUAACUGCGAUACUAGUGCAGGUGGUGGUGAUUGGAUUACUGGUGGUGGUGACAUGGUUACUGGGGAAGAUGGUGGCGGUGACUGGGAUACUGGUGCAGGUGGUGGCGGUGACUGGGCUACUGGUGCAGGUGGUGGCGGUGACUGGGUUACUGGUGCAGAUGGUGGUGGUGACUGCGAUACUGGUGCAGGUGGCGGACUAACUGGAGGAGAUUUGGGAGGUGGUGGGGAAGUUGGAUUCGACACUGGUGGAGUAGACAAGGGUAUUGGAGCUGUUGUAGUUGUCGGGUUUGACGGAGGUAUGGGUGGUGCUGGUGAUGCAUUUGUUGGUGACAUUGCUGGCGCUUGUGCUUUAGCUAAUGCUACGGCAAGAAACAUGCCAUAUAACAUGCAAACACACCUAUUAGCCAUUUUUAUUCUGGUUAGGAUCUCAAAGCUAUGUAGAUGGGUUUAA